AAGGGGAUCAGGUAGUGUCGAGAAGUACAGUAUUUUUUACAGUCAAUGCUGCACACAGAGCUAAGGGGCGGCUGCUUCGGCGGUGGAGGUCUGUCGUAUCUGCAUCCAGAAAUAACAGGGUGUUUGUUUGUUUGUUGACUGAUUCUGCAUCUACCGGACCCGGAGGCCCUUGGCAGGCGGCCCCCGCCGGCGGGGUCUCGGUUUUGAGCUCGGACCGCCGUCCGUCCGUGUGCCCGACUGACCUCCAGACCGGGUCCAGGCGGAACGACAGCCUGGCUGACAUGUGAGCUGUCAUCCCGAGACUCUUCCGGCUCGGUGGAAGGACAACCUGCUCGUUCUGCGCGUCACGGCCUGUCUGUUCACGUUCUGACAGAGUCGAGCUCCACUCCAUGAAGUCUUCUGACCGAAUCCUCCAGCAGCAGCACGUCUGUCCUCGAUCCGUCACCCGGGAAUAAGCCGCCAUCCACUCCUGAUCACGGAGUGAGAGCAAGUUGAGCAGAAGACAGGACGCUCGGACAGCACCUUCUGCUUACAGGAUGAUUGGAGCACACAGGCGGCUCUGUCAGCUGCUCACAGUAUGGAGGAGGGGUCCAAACACCAGCCUGAGCAUCAGGACCGUCAGCUCAGCCUCUUCAGCUCCCGACCCCCUAGACAUCCACAAGAAGAAGCUCUUCCUAUGGUUCAGCCAUCUCCCCAAAGAGGAGAAACAGUUCGGGGGCUCCUUUAGACCAGAGACCAUGCAUGUGGACCCACUGAUUCUGGAAAGAAGGGAGGAGGAGAGGUCAGGAUUGCUCAACUCGCCCUUCCAGAGCAGCAGCCCCUCCAGCCCCCCUAUGACUGUGGAGCAGCUGUUCCACCACACUGACGCCUGGACCCCAGAUCUGGGAAUGAAUGUGCUGCUGUACGGCGCUGUUGGGAGCGGGAAGGACACUGUGGUCCGAAAACUGGUGCUGGACUGGUGCUGUGGAACCACGCUGACCCAGUUCAAACUGCUACUCCCCUUCUCUUGCAAGGACCUCAGCCAGCUGUCAAAGGCUGCCUCCUUAAGGGAAAUAGUGGGUCGAAAAUACCUCCACCUGAGAAACCACCCACUGCUCAGUGGAAAUGAAGACCAGGCCAAAGAAGUGCUUUUCCUCUUCAAUGGUAUGGAGAAGAUGCACCUGGACUUCCGAAUUGGGUCCACAGAGCUGUGCAGUGACCCAGGCGAGGCUCUGCCUGCAGCUGGGGUUGUGGUGAACCUGCUGAGGAAGUACCUCCUUCCUGAGGCCAGCAUCUUGGUCACCACCAGACUUUCUGCUCUGGAUCGCAUCCCUUCAAAGUAUGUAAGCCGCUACGCUCAGAUCUGCGGCUUUAGUGACCCGGACCAUCAGCGUGCAUAUUUCUCCAGCCGCUUGCUGCAGCAGACUGGGAUGAAUGCUUCCAACCGAGAAGCAGAAGUUCUGGUUGAGCAGCUCUACCUUAACAUCCAGAAAAAAGGCCAGCUGGCCGCAGCCUGCUUCCUCCCAUCGUACUGCUGGCUUGCAUGUGCGACCUUACAUUUUCUUCAUUUCACCAGCACUCAGGCGCCUGUCUGCACGCUGACGGGCAUAUACACCAGCUUUCUCACACUGAACUUUGGGGGGGAGGUGCUGGAUUCCAAAACGGGGAAAAGCGUUCUGAGUCAGGAGCAACACAUCUCCCUGAUGCUGUAUGUGGUCAGGACUCUGGGGAAACUUGCCUUUGAUGGUGUGACAUACAAACGGAGGAUAUUCUCAGAGAGGGAGCUGGAGCAGUGGAUCGGCGGAAAGACCAAGACGGACGAGGAGCUCCGUCUGCUGGCCAUCUUUCAGACCGAUGUUCUGAAUUUCUUCUUGGAGCCAUGUUUAGAAAACGACAAACAUUUGAGUGAACUUGGAGAGGAUGACGACAGGUGGUAUGUGUUUGCGGUUCCAGCCAUGCAAGAGUAUCUCGCGGCUCUGUAUGUGGUUCUUGGAGAGAAUAAAUCAGCCCUGGAGUUGUUGAGCAAAGAGUUCUCCGCUGCUAUUGGCCAAGCAAGCGAUGAUGUCAACGCUCUCUUCAACAUCUUGUCAAAGUUCAUCCCGCUCCGCAUCUUCGCUGUGUUCAACCUGCUGAAGCUGUUUCCAAAGUUCUUUGAAAAGAUAAGCCGGCACAACAAGGGCAAGAUCGCCUGGACCAUGACGGCUGCCAUGUUUCGCUUAGAAGACAGCAACAAUGACGACGUCCUGGAGCAGGUGGAACAGAACCUUCUGGGAUCUCAUGGUCCAGCGCCGCAGAAGUACAGCAAAGGCAGGCCUUUUGAGCUGUAUCCUAUCUUCAUGGGUGGACUGCUGCAUUAUGGAAAUCGUGUCCUCCUCCAACAACUCGGUUGUAACAUUCAGAGCAGCACUGUGGCCCAGAUCACACGAACCCUCCGGAAGUACUUAGUCAAAGAGCUCAGCAAGCCUCUGCCUCCAGAUGAGCAGAUGGAUCUGCUGGUCCUUCUGUAUGAGAUUCAGAACCCCAGACUGACGGCUGAAGUUCUGUCCUCUAUCAGAAGUAUCUGCCUGGCCAGCGUUUGCAUGACGUCGCUCAAAUGCUUCAUCCUGAGCUCUGUGCUGUCCUGCACAAACACGAGUUAUUGCCUGGACAAGCUGGACCUGUCUUCCUGUCUGCUGAACCAUGGCUUGCUUCAGAUGCUGUGGCCUGCCCUCAAACGUGUGCGCCAGCUCAAUCUGCAGUUUAACAGCCUGGGCCCAGAUUCCAGCAUCCUGCUCAGAGAUCUGCUUAUAGAGCCCAAGGCGUCAGUCAGUUCUCUACAGCUUUGUGGAAACCCGCUGCAGGGAUCUGGAUGCAGCAGCCUGCUGGAGGCGCUGCCUGAGAACCAGACUCUGCAGCACUUGUCACUGGUACACACCAGUCUGGGGGACCAUGGGGCCCAGCUGCUGGCAACGAGGCUCCAGCAGCUAUCAGGGCUUCAGGAGCUCAAUGUGGCGUACAACAACAUUGGAGACGAGGCGGCUGUGGCUCUGGUGGAAGCCUGCAGGGACCAUCUCAACAUCCACACUGUGCACUUGUAUCUGAACUCCCUUAGUGAUGCGGGAAAGAAGUCCUUGUGUGUUCGGGGAGAGAACAAGAAAAAAAAAGGCCAGCGGGUCAGGGUCCUGGCUUCUGUCACCGAAGGUUCGGACAUCUCAGAAGAAUGGCAUCCUAUCCUUAGUAUGAUACAGGAGAACGCCUCAACAUGGGACAGCAAACAUGUAAAAGACCAGCUUGAGGUGUUUCUACGGGACCUGGAGUGGGGGCGGCAGCAGCAGCCCAGCUUCUGGAAGAGGCUGCACUUUCGUAAGGUGGAGAGGGGAGUCCGGAAAAUUAUGCAGAUGGUGGAGGAAGACACUGCCUCCAAAGGAAACACCAAGUAACCAGAAGAUCUAUUUUUGUUUUUUUGCUUUUUUUGGGGGGGUGCUGGACCCACAUGUGGAAAAUAUGCAACAGGCAUAGUUUUUAUAGGGUUUUGUAAAGGCUAUGUUUUCAAAUUAAAGUCUCAAGAUUUGAUUUUUCUCAUAUUUAAAUUUGAAUAAAGAUUUAAAUAAAGAAACCACUGUGAGGCAAAAAAAUCAAGUUUGGUUUUCUAAUGAAAAGUGUUUUGUUAUACAUGCACAAGUGACAUAGUAGGCCAUGUUUUAAGACUACAUUUUGUCGUUACCCCAUGUGAUUUUUGCAGUUAGUCAACCAUUUUGGCAGCAAUAUGAACAGCGCCACAGUGAGCACCACUGCUGAAACUUUCAAGCCAUCAGAGUAUUCAUCUCACUUUAAUUUACAUGACUUUGAGUAAAUGUUACAAUACAGGCAGUGUAUUAACAUCACGUACGUAACAUUAGCAUGGGAAACAGGAGGGUCAGAGUGUUGUUUGUUGACAUUAGCUUGGCUAAUGCGUUUGGUUGUCAUUUUUAUUUUUUUAUUCUCUGGAGAUGGAAGAUAGUUGAAAAUAGACCGUAUAUAGUCUGGACUACAUUUUGAUUGCAUUGUUAGGACUUGCUGACUUAAACACCGUUAUCCCCACAAAUUGCAUGCAACGAACUGUGGGUUUACACCAGUGUCAAUCUGAAACCACGAUUAUAGCAUAAUGAAAGUAAGUAAGCUUUGUUUACGGUACCAUACGUGAUAUGAAGUAUUAGCUUCACAAACGGGAUCCGACCGCUGGGUGGUCCAUCUUUCAGUCUUGUUUUGCUCCUUUUAAUGGCGCUGAUCCUCUUAACUCACCUCUCCGCAUCUUUAGGAAUGCGAAAAAAUGACGUGCAGUGUUCCCCCGCUUAUUUCCGUUUCUAACUCAAGACGUUUGUAUGACGAAUUUGAGUCCGAAGGAGGUGCUGAGCUGCUGAGGUGAUCUCCGCACUGCCGGAAAAAAAUCCUAAUAUGUUGAAGAAGAUAAUCGGGGAGAAUAAUUAUCAUCCUCAGCAAGUGUUUAUUAUUAGAUUUAGGAUGAAGCACGCUCUUGAUUUUGAAGUGUGGAGAGACACUCUUCGGACUAAUUGCUGUCGAGGGGUUUCAAAAUGGAGGCAGCUAUAACAGGAAGCUACAGAGACGGCUUUGGUCUGAAUUCGCAGGAGCCGGAGGUGAAGCAUUUUCUAUGGGUGACGUGACACCUCGCUUUGUCCAGUGAAUUAAUAAAUGUCAAAGGUUCAAAUCCCGUAAAUCUUACUGCUCCAGGCUUUUUCUUUUACAGCUCUAUUCCGGAAUAUGAAUGAUUUGGUGUUAUAGAAUUCUGCUCGGACAAAAACCGCAAUUGUUAAUUUCUCCUUCAUGAUGAACCGGUUGGUACUUUAGUGUUCUGAAAAGAAUGCCUUCCAUAGGUCACUACCAAAUCAGAGUCUAUUAUUGGUCAACCUGGUUUAACUUGCAACGCGUUCAACACCCGCAUGUUUUGUAUGUAGAACCUAAAACUGGUCAUAGAAACUUGAGUACCGAUGCAUGAACAAAACUUUUCACUGGCAUUGGCCACUUGAAUAUGCAUUGCACAGGUCUGUGUAAAAGUAGCUUGAGAGCAGCACAUACGGUAUUCAGAGUCAACUUGCUGAUAAAUGAUGAGUGUCAUUAACGGUGAUAGAGCUGCUGUUUUAUUGUUUAUCUGCUUUCUUUAUUUCAAAUCUUUGAGAAAAUUGACAAGGUAAAGUGCAAAAAAAUGAAACUAAAAUAUUAAACAUAACAAAUAUAUACAUUUCUCUGUGUAUUUAUUAAUGCCAAUAUCCUCUCUAAUUAUUAUUAUUAUUUUUAAUAUAUAUUUAUUUUGUCCUCCACACUAAACUUCAGGCAGGUUUAGAAAGUGGUUAGAUGUUAUAAAAUUAGAAAAAAAAUCACAAACCCUCACUUUUGACCUCAGUCUUGGUUCUACUAGCAUUUCCCUAAAUUUAUUCUGGUAUAAAGGUUAUUUUUGAGUUUCAUGUAUUUUAUUGGGUCACAGUUUGACACUGAAUGCCCUUCCUGAUGCAGCUUCCAGCACACACAGGCUCUGGGUGUCCCCUUGUGGUUUCUAAAGAAUGAAAGUGUCAGUCACAUGCCGCAACAUUUUUGGUCAGAUGUAAAAAUAAUCUAAAAAAAAGGGGUUUUAAAGUCCCCCUUUGAUGAAAAUAAUUUUUGUAGUUUUUAACAUGUCUGUGUGGCAUUGUUCUUAUGAAAGAGAACAAAUGGAAUAGGACACAGGAUUUUUUGUUGAGGUUUAUCCAAUACUUACGGUAGCAGGACUGAGAACGCUGGAAAAUUUCCACCAGACUCCAUGGAGCUUCUUGAUGUGACCACGGAAAUGUGAACGGCGGCUCAUUUGACCGCAGUUGGAAAGGAUUGUAAAUCAAUGAAAGAGCAUUUUGAUGUUAGCUUUCAUUAUUUUAUCAAGAACUCUGAUGUAGCAGUUUAGGGGGAAUAUGAAAUAUUCAACUCCAAAUCUAAUUGAAGUUAUUAAUUUUAUUAAUUGAAAAUUGUAUCAAAUUAACCUCGGGGCACCACUUUCGUAAUGAAGGAAAAUAUUACUCAUUAAUGAUCAUCUGCUACUUCUAAUCAAUAAGUAAUAAUUAAUCAGUCUCUUACUUCAGUAGUAAGUAUCUUCACUCUUUGAAGGGACGUCUUCAAUGAACGUAUAAAAUGAUGAGACAAAACAACGACGGUACAUCAAUGAUUAUUUAUUGUAUAAAAUUGGAUUAACAAACAGGAUUAUUGAGUAUAAGAGCACAGAAUUGAUUAUAACUUUCAGAGGUAAAAGAUAGAAGCAAACUUUCAGUAACUAGCAAAAAUAAUAAAGAAAGAUAAAAUAAAGAAUAAAACAAAGUAAAAUUAUGUAAAUUAGGCUGAGGAUGUGUGUGUGUAAAUGUAUGUUCUAAGAUGUAAUAAACGUUUUAGGAGAGCAGAGAGGAGGUGUUUAUAAUGUAAAAAGGAGUAAUUUAACAACUAAGAUUCUAAAUGAGCAGACAACUAACUCUGACCACAAACAGCAACUUUUUGGAGCAGGAAACUCCUCACCACAGUCUGGAGGUCUGGUUCCGUUCGAUCCAACGAACCCAGGUGAAGAUCCCUCGUUCGUUGGAGAGCUUCGAGGCGUGACUCUGACCGAGAUCCCAGCCAAGUGCAGGAGUUCGAAUCUUGACCCACAGGAAGAUUCGGUUCAGUUCUGCUCAAGUUCUGUUAACUUCGUCUCAAGUGGUCGAGGAUAGGUUAUCCACAAAAAAGGGUAGCAACCAAAAUCAAAUGUUUCAAAGCUGGUCGGGCUAAAAAAACAUAUUAAUUAUUUGGUCGCUAAGAAUUAGAGAAAAAGAAAAAUUAGAUUCUAUACGAAAGUUAAAAUGACUUGAAGGUUCUAUUUACGAAAUGAAUUGGAGAAAAAGGUUGCACAAAAACUCUAAGCAUACACAGAAGUUUUCUCCUCUCGGAACUCCUAAAAUGUUUAAAGUUUUCUCCUUUGUUCUAAGUUGUCUGUCUCUGUAGCUUGUCUGUCUUCAUCUCAUCUUCAUCUGUUCUUCAUCUGAUCUUCUUCUCAUUCUGUGUGUAACUGUUCUAACUAACUUCUCCCAGCUCUGAGAGAGGACUUCUCCACAGGGAUUGGCUGAGAGGUAACCAAUCAGAAUGAUUGGAGUAAAAUUUACGAUCUUUCCUAUUUUAAAUGAUCUCAUGUUACCUGAUCCUGUGUCUGUGUCUGUGGGCAGAUAUGAGGUCUAAAAAAAAACACUUCUUGACAAGAAAAAUAAAAGAAACAUCAUACCCUUUUUAUAAGAAUGUCUCAUUCUAACACGUGACUAGUAAAUUGAUAUCACAUUUAAAAGAUGAUAUAUAUAUGAAAAGAAUUUAAUAAUAAAAAAAAACAUAUAUGAAACCAAAAAAAGAAAGAAAGGGAAGAAAGAGAGAAACUCUUUAUCUUAACCCUAUUUCACAUAAACAUGCAUCACUUUUAGGUAAAUUCACAAUUAAAACAACAAAUAUGAGUGUAUUUACCUUGAAACAAAGAAACAAGGAAUGCAUGUUUGACAAACAUUUGGUGCACUUCAAAGUUGUUUUUUUUUUAUUUUUUUUUUAUAUAUGGCAGUAAAGUUUCCCACCGCUUUCAGGAAACCUGCGAAAUGUCACAUGUCAACGAUUGUAAAUUUUGUUGAUUAGCUUCAAAGAGAGCUUUGUGAAGAAAGCGGGAUGUUUCUUCCCGUAAAAUGCAGUACCAUCACCCGACCAUCAGAUAUGGCUCCAGAUGCAGCCCUCCUUCUUCUCCAGAGAGGAGUUUUAUGACGCCUUCACUGGGAUGUUAAUGCUAUCUUUCGGGGUUUUAAGACAAAUGGUUUCUUGGAGGGGAGGGGGAGUCGACACUUUAAUUAGUCAGUUACUUAGUGAGUGAAUUCUUGUUCCAGGGUCUGGAAACACAAAUUGUUCCAUUUGGGGGCCUUGACUGCUACACUGAA